UUGUUGUUGCCGAUAAGCAGUGAGGGGCAGUUCCGCCCCAGCAGGAACAGCUCGUCUGCUGGCUUCCCAUCCGCCUCAGAAAACACUGUCCCAUCUCAGCAAGCAGCAUCCCUGCAAACCUGCACAGGUUUGCUGACCAUCUCCACGAUGCCACAUUCGUGCAGGGUGGUGAUCUGCGUGCUGCUGGGGCUGGGGUCCCUGCUGGUGAGGGGGCUGCCCCCAUCCUGCCCCCAUACCUGCCAGUGCUACGACACCUCCAAAGUCUUCUGCUCAGACGAGAGGAUGCGGGAGAUCCCGGCGGGCCUGCCAGGCAGUGCCACACAGCUCUUCUUUGUGGAGACAGGCCUGAGCAGUGUCCGCAGGGGGGCCCUGGGCACCAGUACCACCCUCACCAAGCUGGUCUUCCUCAACAACAACAUCCAGGAGCUGGAAGCCGGUGCCUUUCAGUGGCUGCCCAGCCUGACCGAGCUGGAGGUGUCAGGAAACCCCUUGCCAGCAGUCAGCCUUGGGGUGCUGAUGGGGUUGACCAACCUCAGCAAGCUCUCCCUGGGUGCCAAUGCCAUCAGCUCCUUGCAGCCAGGGUUCUUCACUGCUGCAUGCAGCCUGCAGGACCUGCGCUUGUCAGGGAACAGGAUUGUGGCAUUGCCCCCUGGCAUCUUCCACCCACUCCGGCAGCUCCAGGCCCUGGACCUAUCACGGAAUGUCCUGGUUGAGCUGCCAGAGGGGCUGCUGGCCCCACUCACUGCCCUCCGCCUCCUCAAACUCAGCGACAACCUGCUGGUGCGGGUGCCCCCCGGCGCUUUCAGGGCACUUGGCCAGCUGACUGAGCUCCACCUGGAUGGUAACCGGCUGGAGGAGCUGCCACCCGGCAUCUUCAGCGGGCUGGGGGGGCUGCGGUGGCUGCAGCUGCAGCACAACGCCCUGGGCAGCCUGGCCCCCGACAUCUUCACUGGUCUCCUCAACCUCACUGUCCUCAGCCUGGAGGGCAACCACCUGGUCACCCUGCCUGCCACCCUCUUCACUGGCACACCCGGCCUCCUUCACCUCUCACUGGGUCGCAACCAGCUGGAGACGCUGCCCCGGGAGCUCUUCUCCAACCUGUCGGCACUGCAGACCCUGGUGCUUUCCCACAAUGCCAUGGACCACCUGCCCACUGAGGUUUUCCAGGGACUGGCAGCACUGACAGCACUACAGCUGAGCCACAACAACCUCUCCAGCCUGCCAGCAGGGCUCCUGGCUGGGCUGCCCCUCCUCACUGCCCUAGCACUGGACCACAACCGCCUGGCGCGCCUGCCUCUGGGGCUCUUUGAUGCCAAUGAUGAGCUGGUGCGUGUGGGGCUGUCUGACAACCCCUGGGCCUGUGACUGCCGCCUUGCCUAUCUCCUGCACUGGCUCCAGGGCUUUGCCGAGCCCCUCAUCCAUGGGCAACCCUUCUGUGCCAGUCCAACUGCUCUCCAGGGACAGUCCCUGCUGCAGGUCCCCCGGGGGCAGCUGGAGUGCCCGGGAGGACCUGGUGUCCCUCCAGAGGAAGGCUGGGACAGGGAUGCUCCAGGACAGUGCACCUACAGCAACCCUGAGGGCACUGUAAGCAUGGUCUGUGAUGCCACAAGCUGCCAGCAGCUCAGCCUUCGCCUCCCUCCUCCUCCUCCUCCUGAGCAAGUGCAGGGGUUGGGGCCGGCGUACCAGGGUGCCUGGGUGCUGCACUCCCACUGUGGCACACUGCAGGUCAGUGUCCUUGUCACAGCACAGAGCGGGAAUGAGGCCACAUCGCCAGGUCUCCCUGCUGUGCCCUAGAGCUCAGGCAGGUGCCAGCUUCUGCACUGGAAACCUCUGAACCAGCCUGGGAAACAGCACCCAGUCUUGCUCUGCUACCCCUGCCUUGGUCACCAGCCAUCACUGAGCUCUCCACAACAGCUGGCCUGGUGGUAUUUAUUCUCCAAGCUAUGUGUUUCC